AUGACAUCAUCUCCAUCACCGUUUGCUAAUACGGGCAAACUUCAAGUAUUACCAAACCCUACAACAUUAUUAUUUACUCCAUCAAUGAAUAACAAUGUUACUAUUAAUAAUAUGAGUAAUACAUCACAAAAUAUUCGUCAAACAAAUACACAAAAUGGAACAAUUCUUCAACAACAAAUGAAUAGUGGAAUGAUGACAACACCAACAAAUAUUGUUCGUGUUAAUCAACCACAGACUAUGCAACAUCAGCAGCAGCAACAACAACAACAUGGUCAAUUUGUUCAACAAACAGUAUGGACAAGUAAUAAUAAUCCACAACAUCAAUUUACAUUACAGAAACAAUCUCAACAAUCAUCUGUGUUUCAAUAUGCAACUGUCAAAAAUGAGCCUGGUAUACCAAUUGGAAUGCAACAACAAUCAUCUGUAAUACCAACAAAAGUAAUUACUCAGCCAGUUGUUCGUCAAACAGUAGGAUCACAACAAGCGACAACAACAACAUAUACAGAAUCUCAAAUUAAUGAUUUUGUAUCAAAAUGUCGAACAUUCCUAACGACUUUACUUCGAUUAGCUGAAAAACAAGCACCAGAAAAAUUACCCAUGGUGCGAUCUUGUAUUCAAGAACUUUUGGAUGGAAGUAUUGAUCCAGAAUCAUUCACUCAGCGCCUUCAUACACUUUAUAAAUCUCAACCACAUACAUCACUUGUACCAUUUUUCAAAUUAGCAUUACCACAUAUGCGUCAAAUUGUUAAAAAUACAUUUAAACAACCAAUAACUAUUGAUUUAUUGGAAAAACUUCAAUUACCUCCAAGUAAUACUAAUAAUAAUAAUACAACAGGUUUAACACAAAUAACAAAUUCAAAUGUUAUUAUUAAUUCACAACAACAACAUCAACAGAUACAACAACAACUACAGCAACACCAACAACAACAACAACAACAACAAAACUCAUCACCUAUUAUUCAACAACCAUUGUAUACAACAGUACAACCACAACAAAAAAUAAAUAUUUUACAACAAAAUCCUCAACAAACAUUUGUCGGUUCCACCGCAUCACUACUAAGCCAACAACAACAACGACAACAACAAGCACGAGCACAAAUUAGUAUAACCGGUUUUCGUCCAUUAGUUACAUCAUUAUCACCAUCAGGAAAUACAAGUCUUCUUAGUGGUGGACAACAACAACAACAAGUUCAACCAGUAACACAAAUGAUUAUACAACAAAACGAUUCACUUUUACAACGAUCAAUUUUAUCAGGAGCUACAACUAUACAACAACCACAAAUUAUAACUGUUAAUCAACAACCGAUUAAAACAGAAACAAUACAUACACAUCCAUCACCUAUCAUUUCUUCCAUUCAACAAAAACCAAUUAUCAAAACAGAAAAUGAUCUGUUAGAUGAUAGUAAUAAUUCAGGAAUGAUGGAUACACGUCAUAUAACUCAUGACGAUCGGUUGAUACCUGCAAAUAUGCUACAGCGACGUUUACAAGAUCUAAUUGAAAAAGAUAAACGAUUGGCAGGUAUGAUGGUGACUGAUGAUGCUUCAUUUGUUCUUAUUUCUAAUGCGGCUCAAGAAAGAUUAAAAUUUCUAUUAGAACAAGUUAAAUUAGUAGCUCAGCAUCGAAUUGAUAUAUCUAUGAAGAAUGAUUCAGCCUAUCAACAAACCAGUGAUGUUAAAGGUCAAAUAAGAUUUCUUGAAGAUUUAGAUAAAAUUGAGAAACAAAAAAAAGAUAAAUUAGAACAAGAAAAAAUUCUUCGAGCUGCAAAAAGUCGUUCAAAAACAAAUGAUCCUGAAGCAGUUAAAUUAAAACAAAAGGCUAAAGAAAUGCAACAAGCACAAGUUGAAGAACAACGACAAAAAGAAGCUAAUGAAACAGCAUUAGCAGCUAUUGGAAAACCUAAAAAACGUAAACUUGAAGAAAGUACAAAUCAUCCUCAUCAAGUUACAACAUCUACAAAUGGACCCGAACAAAUAUCUCCUAUUCAACCAUCACCAUCAUCUAAUACUGUUACGUCAACAAAUGUAAAUAGUAAAUCGAAGGCAACUAAACGUAUAUGUCGAGCAAAUCUCCGUGAUUUAUUAUUAAUAAUGGAACGAGAUAAAUAUCUUAAACGAACAACACUUCUUGUUAAAGCUCUUAAUAAAUGA